CUAGAUCAGUUACCCUAAAUUGGCAUUCUCACCCAAUAUUUUGCUUGAAAAUUACAAAAACCUCUAGUGAUGUAUUUGAUGUGGGUUUGGAACAUGUGUCAGGCCUCUCUGACAAAAAUUUUGGUAAUACUGAAGAUUUAUUCGACCUUGGAUGUGAACUGAAACCACUAAUGUCAGAAGUUGACUUAUUUGAUGAUACCACUGGUGAUGCAUUCGAAAUGUACCAUUCUCCUUACCCUUUCAACAGGAGACAGGGUCAUAUGAAGAGAGCAGAAGAUAUUUCCUUAGUUAAAAGAGCCUACAAUGAACGUCCAGGAUCUGGUGAACCUACCAAAGUAAAAGUCUCGCAUCAAAAGUUACUAAAGAAAGAUGUUUUUAAUGCCUUAAAGCGGA